UCCAGAACAUGCCUUCAGCACAGAAUAUGAGCUCUGCAUCUGUGCCAGCUAAACUCUCUUUGACUAUCUAUACAGAGACAAUCCAGUUUCUGUUACAGAACAAUGCCCUGCAGAUGGCUGAGCAAGCUCUUUCGAAGCUGCUGCUGUGUUCAGAUGACGGUCGCAGUGUCUCCUAUCUCUUCUUUCUGGCUCAGUGGCAGCUAUUAAGGACGGAGUAUGAGAAUGCUGCUGAUACCCUAAAAGAGAUUCUAUCCCAUGGCUCACAGGAUGCAGAUGUAUGGGCUCUGAAUGGUCACUGUCAGUACCUACUCAAGGCUUUCAGUAAAUCUGUGAAGAGCUAUGAGCAGAGUUUGGACUUGUUCCCACUUCCAUCAGACAUUCACUUUGUCCUUCUGCGCCUGGGAUCCAUCUACUUUCAGGAGAAACAGUAUGAGAGAGCCAAAGAUGUCUACCUGCGGGCUUGCAGACACACGCCCUCCUGCCUGACCUGGCUUGGCCUGGGCAUGGCCUGUUAUAAGCUGGAAAAGCUGGAUGAAGCGGAGUCUGCUCUGAAUGAGGCUACCAAUUUCAACUUCCAAAACGCUGAGAUGUGGGGAUACCUAUGUCAGAUAUCUCUGAGGUGUGGCAGAGAAGAAGAAGCCAAGCAGGCAUAUCACUUUGCAACAAAAGUGAGUCAGAUUGGUGGUGUUAUCAGGAAAGAUGAAUUGUGUAGUAGCACUAACCUCAGCAGUUUAUUUACAAAAUUUAUUUCCACAAGCUUUUUUUUAAAAUGAAUAAGACGAGUUACAAUCAUUCUUGCAUACAGGCAUUUUUUUAAAACUUUGUCUAAAUGUUCAGCUGUUGAAAUGUUGCAAAUUUUACUCUAAAUGUUUUUAUAGCAGUUACUAGUC